AUGAGUAAGGAAAACGCCCGGGAAAUGGCAGGAGCUGUCUCCAAGGAGACGAAUAGAGAGAUGGAAGGACUUAUCCGCAGCCAACAUGAGCUCUACGGGCGCAUUGCUCGCUCGUACGAGAACCUGAGGAAAGUGGGAACACCGAAUAUUACCAUCGGGUUGGUGGAGGCGCGCUUGCAGGCCCUCGAGUCCAACUGGGCGAAAUUCGAGGCGCAGCACGAGAAAAUAUAUGCCGGCUACUGGGAGAUCCUGGCGGAUCAUGACUACGAGAAGAAGGACGUGCCGUCUACCGCGGAGGAGGCUUACAUACAGCAAAAGGGCAUGUUCCUCGAGACGCUCCGCAAGCUCAAGAGUAAAGCGGAAGGCGCUCCCGCACCAGCCGCUGCCGGGACGAACCCGCCUCGUACGACCUUGCCGCGCAUUCAGCUGCCAGAGUUCGAGGGCAAAUACGAAGAGUGGCCCGCCUUCCGUGACCUAUUUCAUUCGAUAAUCGGGAAGGAUGCCGCCACGACUCCAGUUGAGAAGCUACACUACCUGAAGUCGUGCUUAAUGGGGGAGGCGGAACUCCUAGUGCGCAGCCUGCCCACGACGGACGAGAACUUCGAGCGCGCUUGGAAGACCUUGACGGACUACUACCAAAACAAGCGACUCCUGGUGCGCUCAUACCUCGCUCAAUUUACGUCGCUGCAAAAACUGAAGGGUGAGUCAGUAUCCGAGUUACGCAAAGUGUAUCACCGAGUCGUGAGCACUGUCGGCGCUCUCGACAGCAUCGGGCGGCCGAUUUCGCGUAGUGAGGACCUGUUCGUCCAUCUCGUCGUAGAUCUUCUCGACCCGCGUUCGCGUCGCGAGUGGGAGAGCGCUGUCAGCGAAACGCCGGAUCCGCCGUCGUUCGCCGUUUUGCAGCAGUUUCUGGACCGACGCCUGCAUACUCUCGAAUCGCUCCAGCCGGCGAAACCGGAGAACGCGACUUCCGCGAAGGCCGGGGGGAAUUCCGCGCAGCAAACGCGAGCCUUGCAUGCAAAAGCAAAGGAAAACCGACUCGGUCGCUGCUCCGUAUGCCAAAAGGGACAUUUUAUUAUGUUUUGCGCCGCGUAUAAGGGGAAAACCGCCGCGGAACGAAAACAGCACGUCGAGGCAAAUAAUCUCUGCCUCAAUUGCCUCGGAAAACACAAAUUAAACGAGUGUGAUUCGAAACGAAAUUGCUCAGUGUGUGACGGCCGACACCAUUCGAGCCUGCACGACGCGUAUCAAGGAACCGAGGUCGCCACAACUUCGCAUCUCGCGCAAGGACCUUCCAAGAACGCAGUGGCUGUGCUCCUCGCCACCGCCCGUGUCCGCGUGCGUGAUCGGUUCGGCAUCGAGCGUACCGCGCGAGCUCUAAUCGACCAGGGUUCCGAGUCAUCGCUCGUCGCGGAAUCGUUGGUGCAGCGCCUAAAACUGUCCCGCGCACCCGCCUCGGUCGCGGUAUUCGGUGUUGGCGGGAAGCGGACGGCUCGUGCGCGAGGCCUGGUGACCCUCGAAAUCUCACCCCGGGGAGGAGGGCCGUCGAUCGCCGUGUCGGCCUUAAUACUCCCUCGGCUCUCCCUUUACGGUGGAGGGAUCCGUGCGGAUAAAGAGGCGUGGACGCAUCUCCGCGGGCUGGAGCUCGCAGAUCCCGAAUUUCUAGGCUCGGACCCGGUGGAUCUCCUGCUGGGCGCCGAUGUCGUCGCCGAGAUCCUCCAGCCGGGACUGCUCAAGGGCGGGGCACACGAGCCUGUUGCUCAGAAGACGGCGUUAGGGUGGAUCAUCUCCGGAGCCGCCGGAGCGGUGGCGAAUCCGGAGGCCGCAGUAGCGCACCAGUGCCACGUUGACGCGGAGCUCUCCGCUCUGGUGCAGGGGUUCUGGCGGCAGGAGGAACUGCCCGUCGGCCCUCCCGCGCUAACCAGGGAGGAGCAGGAGGCCGAGGACUUUUUUGCACGAACCCAUUCGCGUACCGCGGAGGGCCGAUUCGUCGUGAGACUCCCCGUCGUAAAUCCGCUGCCCGAUCUCCGGGGAACGCGUAACUACGCGCUACGGGUGCUAACUCAGAUGGAAAGGCGGCUUUCCCGCGACGAGAAAUUGAAGAGCCUGUACGUCGACUUCAUGCGGCAGUACGAGGAACUCGGCCACAUGACCCCCGUCGCGCCGGACAAGAUCGCGAAGAGCCGAGCGUGUUAUCUCCCACACCAUGGCGUCAUGCGGGAGGCAAGCUCCUCGACGAAGCUGCGCGUGGUGUUCAACGGCUCGGCGGCGCUUCCUUCGGGCGACUCACUAAAUCGGUACCUACGGGCGGGACCGAAUCUGCUGCCGGCCCUCGCGGACGUGCUGCUGCGCUGGCGUCGUUACCGUUACGUCCUGGCCACGGACGUGGAAAAAAUGUACCGCCAGAUUCUGGUUCACGAGGAAGAUCGUGAUCUUCAGCGGAUCUUGUGGCGGUACCACACAGACGAGAAGAUACGGGAGUAUAUUCUCAACACCGUUACUUACGGGCUAACCUGUUCUCCUUUCCAGGCUAUUCGUGCUUUGCUUCAGCUAGCCGAAGACGAAAAGGAACGCUUCCCGCUGGCCGCUCUAGCGCUGUUCUGCGCUCGCUACAUGGACGAGGUACUUUCGGGCGCCGACACCCUCGAAGAGGCUAUGGCCCUUCGGCAGCAGCUAACGGAACUCUGUGCGGCGGGCGGCUUUCCGCUGCGCAAGUGGUCGGCUAACGAUGAGGCGAUUUUGACGGGAGUCCCGGCGGAACAUCGCAUGCAGCGCGAGCUUCGCGCUUGGCGACCUCAGGAAUCGCACGGCAUCCUGGGCUUACAGUGGCACCCAGGCGUCGACUGUUUCUCCUUCGCGACACGGACGAGCCCGGUGACGUCAGUCACUAAACGGUCAGUGUUGUCGCUCACUGCCCGGCUCUUUGACCCCCUUGGUUGGCUGGCGCCGGUCGUGGUGCGUGCCAAGAUAGCCUUCCAGGCCACUUGGUUGCAGGGUCUCGACUGGGACGACCCGCUGGCGGAGGACGACGCCCGACGAUGGAGGGAGUAUCAGACCGAGCUUCCGGUACUGGAGCAGAUUCGAGUUCCGCGGAGAAUUUUUUCGGACGCGCCGGGGAUUGGCCUCGAGCUCCACGGCUUCGCUGACGCCUCCGAGCGAGCAUACGCUGCCGUAAUUUACCUACGAGCGGAAACAGAGGAAGGAUCAUGGCGAGUCACCUUGAUGGCAGCCAAAACAAAGGUCGCCCCUCUAAAGCAGGUCACCUUGGCUCGACUCGAGCUCAACGCCGCUGCGCUGCUCGUCAAACUCGCCUCUCACGCCAAGACCGUCCUCGAAUUACAAGGGGCCACCUUCCACUUCUGGUCGGAUUCUAUGGUGACGCUGGGAUGGAUCCGUGGGCAUCCGACCCGCUGGAAGACCUACGUGGCUAACCGGGUCUCUGAGAUACAGACGACGAUGCCGGAGGCCCUGUGGCAUUAUGUGCCAGGAGGAGACAACCCGGCGGACUGCGCUUCUCGGGGGCUUUCCCCGGGCGUGCUGAUCGGCCACCAGCUCUGGUGGCAGGGCCCCGCCUGGCUUAAAGAGGACCCUUCGACAUGGCCUGCUUCUGCAGCCGUACCCGAGAAGGAGGGCCUGCCCGACGAGCGCGUGCGAGUCCACGUGGCGGUGUCAGGGACUGCCGCGGUCGAGGAACCUGAGAAGCUUCUCCGCUUCUCCUCGCUCCAGCGACUACUGCGCGUGACAGCAUGGUGCCGGCGAUGGCUUCGCCGGGGACGGGGCAGUCAAGCAAGAGCGGAGUCAGCGGCCUCCGGGUACGGGGACGACCUUUCCGCCGAGGAGCUGGAGGAGACCCGCUUGAGUUGGAUCCGACGGACGCAAGCGAUUCACUUCGGCCGAGACAUGGAAGCGGUCCGGCUGGGCCGCUCGCUGCCGAGAUCUAAUUUUCUUGUUAGACUUAAUCCUGUUCUAGAUGCUCAAGGACUGCUGCGCGUUGGCGGGCGGCUCAAGCACGCCGUCCUGGCCUACGACGAACGGCAUCCCGUGAUCCUGCCCGAGGCGUCACAAUUCACAAGGCUGACCGUGGACGCUUGCCACAGGAGGACGUUGCACGGGGGGGUCCAGAUGACCCUGGGGAUGAUCCGUCAGCGAUAUUGGAUCCCGCGGGGCCGCGCUCUAGUGAAGCAACUGAUUCUUCGUUGCGUGACGUGUGCGCGUUGGCGGGCGGCAACCCCGCAGCAACUGAUGGGCGAUCUGCCACGCGAGAGAGUGAGACCAUCACGGGCAUUUCUACAUACGGGCGUUGACUACGCCGGGCCCAUUAUGUUGAGGACAACCAAGGGCCGAGGCCAGCGCUCUCACAAGGCGUUCAUCGCGGUUUUCGUCUGCCUCGCCACGCGAGCAGUUCAUUUGGAGGUCGUUUCGGACUACACCGCGGCGGCCUUCUUGGCGGCGCUUCGCCGAUUCACUUCCCGCCGCGGGCUGUGCCUCAGCCUUCACAGCGAUUGCGGAACCAACUUCGUCGGGGCCGACGCGCAGCUACGCGCUCUCUUCGCGGCGAGCCAUCCGGAAGGACGACAGAUCGCCAGUCAACUCGCCUGUGACGGGAUAAAAUGGCGGUUCAACCCUCCAGCCGCGCCCCACUUCGGGGGCAUAUGGGAGGCAGCCGUCAAGUCCCUGAAGCACCACCUUUGGAGGGUGCUGGGCGAAGCCACCUUAACUUACGAGGAGAUGAGCACUCUCUUCGCCCAGGUAGAAGCGUGCCUAAAUUCACGUCCGUUACAGGCUCUUUCAGAUGACCCGGACGACUUGGCUGCGCUGACGCCGGGGCACUUCCUGGUGGGGUCCGCGUUGACGGCGGUGCCCGAGCCGUCGCUGCUGGACGCGCCCGACAAUCGACUAUCCCGCUGGCAGUUGUUGCAGAAGAUGCGGGAUCACUUUUGGGAGCGGUGGGCUCGAGAGUAUCUCCACGCCCUGAGUCAUCGUCCCAAAUGGCUUGUCCAGAAGCCUGACCUCCAGGUCGGCAGCCUCUGCAUCAUUCGGAACGAAGCCACCCCGCCAACGAGAUGGCCGCUGGCCCGCGUCAUCCGAGUCCAUCCGGGAGAGGACGGACGCGUUCGCGUGGUCACCGUUCGCACCGCGGCGGCUGAGUUUACCCGGCCCAUUGUAAAACUUGUAAUUCUACCGACUACCGACGCCGAUAUAAAUUAA